UUACACAUAUUUGUUUGUUUCAUAGUAUUUGCUCGUUUCAUAUGAUAACUACCUAGGAAUAAUGAGUGUUAAUGAGUGUUUCAUUUGUGUAUGAAUCCCUCGAGCGGUAAACCGAGGGAAGGUAGCUCAGGGAGGUAAAGCCGGCAUCUGCUGACUGCUAUACCACAUCUGUGGUAUAGCAGUCGCACACACCUUGUUGGAUUUAAACCUGUGGAUUUAUUCCCUGUGAGCGCCAGAGAUUGUUGGACCGUUCACCCUCACGUUCACUCUUACGUUCACCAUAUGGGACAAGUAUACACACAAGAAUGAACGAGUGUCAAUAACCUGGCGUAAUAAUAUACCAAGAAGAAAUACCCUUGUCUAACGCCCUUGAAUGGGUGUUACAGUAUAACGGUGAAGAGCUGGACGUUGAGACAGAGGACGUGGAUAAGGUCAACAAAAUCUGGGAUGCAGCUGGUGCAACGAGCGAGGUGCUGAGUGUCCGACGGCUGGGUGACGGUGGUGCUGCUGGGGGAGCACGACCACGGCGCUCUCGUCCCAUCCUGGUUACCGAGAGAUCCAAGCAAGACCGGGAUGCUGUGCUCAACAAGGCUAAGAAUCUCAAACAAUGCAACACAGAAGCGUACAAGACUAUUUUCAUUAAGAAGGAUGUUCACCCGAGUGUCCGAGCAGAGUGGAGGAGGUUGCGUGAAGCAGAGAAAACAGAGAAGGAACGUCCGGAAAAUGUUGGCUGCAACAUUGUGUUUAACGCAAGAGAGCGUCAACUCUACAAGGAUGGUGUUGUGAUCGAUAAGUGGAACUGGCAGGGUUUUUAGGUCGACCACAACAUAAUACUAGAGUUCUAAAAAUCUUGUCUUGGAAUAUUAACGGUUGCAAAACUAAGUUAGAAAAGAAGAAUGUGGAAGAUAUGUUACUGAAAUAUGACAUUGUGGCACUGAAUGAAGUGAAAACAUCGCUACAUGUAUGCUUGCCUGGCUAUGUUUCUUACAUGAGCUACAAUCAGAACGCAGCUCAUCGUGGCGGAACAACUGUUAUGAUAAAAAACUGUGUCUGUGAAGAUGUAAUAAGAGUGGAUACGAGCAUGUGUGACCAGGUGUGGUUUGAACUGAGUUGUGUACCUGGAGUAAUGUUUGGUGCCUGCUACGUACCCCCAAGUGACUCACUGUACUUCUCUCACGAGUCAUUUGCAGCUAUACACGAGAAGCUCAUGGAAAACAACUGUGAUAAGUGUUUAAUAUUAGGUGAUGUAAAUGCGAGGUUGGGCAAAGCUGUAAGAGAUAUUGCCAAUAAUACUGAAUAUGCAUAUCCACUCAUACCAGAUGAUGUAAAUACUCCCAAUGAUAACGCUUAUGCCUUAGCAUCAGUUUGUUUAGACAAUAACUUAAUUGUGAUCAACAAUCUGAAAACUCGUGAGAAGCACUUUGUAAGCAAUCUGACAUUUAAGAAAGAUAGCACAUGGAUUUCCGAGUUGGAUGUUUGUAUAGCGUCAGAGAAGUUAGUCAGGAAUAUUGAUUUGUUUCAGGUUCACCAGACAGAACACUUGCCAUCAGAUCACGCUCCGAUAGCGGUCCAAUUAUGCUUGAAUAAAGUCAAUGUUGACCAUGUGUUACGGCGUGCCUACCAUUUAGGCGGUCAUGCAUCACUACUGGGGACUGUGGAGCGUGCUAAGAUGACGAGUAAACCUAUAAAAUUCAAUCAGAUUAAUCAUGAUAUGUUCUCUAAUUUAAUUUCUAAUGUGCAUGUGGAUGGUAAUGAUGUCACUGUAGAUGAGUUUGCAGAAAAGGUGUCUGAAGUGUUGUACGAAUGUUGCAGUAGGAGCCGUGGCGAGACGGCGGCAGGUGAAGGUAAUGAUGUACAUGACAGGACAUACACUGACCGCUGGGACAGACUCCUACAGGACCGUGAUGAUUCUCGAGUAUGGAGGGCGAUAGAUUGGAAGGGUAAAUAUCAGGGUGAUUGUAAGAAGAUGGUCGUCCUUCUGAUCAGGAAUUUAAAGAAUUUUAUGAGGAAGUAUUGAAUCCUACUGUGGCAGAUAAUUUAGAUGACGGAAAUCAUUUACCAGUAAAUAUUCCAAUUCUAGAUGACCAGAUAAGUCAAGAGGAAAUUCAGAAGCAAAUAGACAAUAUUAAGCCAGACAAGGCAUGCGGUCCAGAUGGAGUCUCUCCCGGUGUGUUAAAACUACUUACAGGGCAAUGGUUGCUGAUAAUUACUACAUUAUUUAAUACUAUAUUCGCGUCAGCUUCAUAUCCUAGUCUAUGGUCUACGGCUAAACUGUUCAUGUUAUUUAAGAGAGGUAACAGACGGGAACCUCGUAAUUACCGUGGUGUGACUAUUAUUAAUUGUCUCGCUAAACUCUUUGAUAUGGUACUGUUUGCGCGACUGGAGAGAUGGUUCAAACCAUACAGGGAGCAGGCUGGAGCACAGAAAGGUCGUGGCUGCAUUGAGCAUAUAGUAACAUUAAGAUUACUAACUGAUAUGGCUAAAAGGAAGAAAAGGAAACUUUUUGUAAUGUUUGUGGACUUUACUCAGGCUUACGAUCUGGUACCUAGAAGUAUGUUAUUUGCAGUUCUGAAACGGUUGGGUUGUGGUAGUGUUAUGCUGGCGGCACUUGUUGCUAUGUACGCGGUAACGAACAGUGUCAUCGGUUCAGUGAUAGUAGCAGCCACGGUCGGGGUGCGUCAGGGUAGCUCAAUAUCUUGUCUGCUCUUUGUCCUGUACGUUAAUGACCUGAUUAAGAUUAUCAAAGAAAAUAGUAAUCCUGAUGGUUUCUUGUCUUGGCUACAUAUUUUAGUCCUAAUGGAUGAUACGGUGUUCCUUGCAACAACCAAAGAUAAUUUAAUCAAUAAAGUAACAUUGCUAAAACAGUACUGCGAUAGCUAUGGCAUGAAGAUCAAUGCAACAAAAACAAAAUUCUUUGUUAUAUGUGGUACAGAACACGACAGAGAGGCAGUAAGAGUAGAUGACCUGGUGGUGGAGUCGUGCGCACAGUACACCUAUCUUGGCUCACCAUUUACAGCUGACGGUUCCGUGUCAGCGGCAGUCGCGGCUCACAUGCAGGCAAAGAUGGCACACUUUAACAAAUUUGUUUUAUUCUUAAAGAAGAAUUGUGACUGGCCCUUUAUCGUAAAGAAGAGAAUAUUUGAUGCUGCUCUCAUGUCAGCCGUGCUGUAUGGGUGUGAGUCGUGGCUGAACGCUGACUUAAAACCAGCCACACAAAUCUACAACGGGGCAUUAAAACAGCUACUUGGAGUUAGGAAGACCACCUGCAAUGAUAUGUGUUACAUUGAAUCUGGAUAUCCACCUUUAAAAGAUCUUGUACGAAGUAGACAAAGAAAGUUCUUCACUAAAGUGUGGCGAGAAAGAUCUGUAAUGAAUGACGAUCCCAUAAUGUUGGUAAUACAUAAAGUACUGGACACUAGAUAUACUACGAGAACAUAUGUACACGGAUUGAUUUUUAAUAAUUUAGAUGAUAUCAUAUUAACAACAGAAUCACUAAAGAACGAUAUUUUGAGAUCCGAAUCAUCUAGGAGAAUGACUUACCGAGAAAUCAAUCCGGGUUUAUCUGUUCACGAGGUUUACCGUGUAAGGGAUAGUAUACCAGAAAGAGAGAGGAUGUCAUUUACACAGUUUAGGUUGUCAGCUCACUCUUUAGCGGUGGAGACUGGCAGAUGGAAUAGGAGGGGACGUGGUCGUCUACCUAUAGAGGAGAGAUUGUGUCCAUGUGGCUGUAUACAGACGGAAACACAUGUGGUACAAGAUUGUCCUAGUACACAACAUGUGAGAGAUAGUCAUGAUUUUGUAACUAUUCAAGAUAUUUUUUCUGAGCAAUAUUCUAAUAUGGAUCAGUGUAAAAUUGUUCACCUAAUUCUGUCUUCAUAUAACUAAGUAGAAAAAAAUAACGGCUAUAUAGUCAGAAUAUAAUUCUAACAUUUUAACAUUUUUAUACAAUCUAGUUUAUUAGUUCAUUUUUAUCACUUGUGUCAGUAAAAAGUAAAAUCUGUACUUAGAAAUAAUCUAAAAGAGUACUUCUGUUUGUUUAACUAAGAUGUCAGUACAUUGAACGACAUUGUUUACUCAUUUUAUAUUGUUUAUAUGUAGUUAGUAAAACACACUACGGGUUCCUGAUUCACAAAUUAUUUUAAGAUAUUUUAAGUAUUUAGAAAUUUAUGAGUUUUAAUUUUGUGCUGGACCAUGUUAUGGUGUAUUUGUAUGUGUAUAUUAUAUUUAUGCUGUAUUAUGUUGUGGUCAAUAAAAUAUCUAUCUAUC